AUGAUUGAGGAUAGUGCAUUAAGCCUUGCCAACCGCCUUGCUGUCCGCCUUGCUGACCGCCUUGCUGACCACCAGCCUUGCUGUCAGCCUAUCAUCACCAUGAAUAUUCUGACCGGGAACCUAACGUUUGAUUCGCUGCGUCCCCCAGACCUUAGUUCCUGCACCAAAGCACAACUGCGGGAUUACUUUGAAAAUGGUUAUGACUUGAACGAGUCUCUCUUCACAGCAUUGCGAGACGAGUCAGUGUUUUACACGUGUCCCGACCGACUAAGACUUCCUCUGAUAUUUUACUUUGCCCACACGGCUGUCGUGUACAUCAACAAACUUAUUCUGGCUGGGCUUCUCGAGAAGCGGGUGAACAUGGAGUUUGAGACCAUGUUUGAGACGGGUGUGGAUGAGAUGUCUUGGGAUGAUACGGAGAACUACCGCAUGGGAGGAAGUUACCAAUGGCCAUCCCUGGAUGAGGUCAUCGAGUACAGACGAGCAGUGAGAAAUGUCAUCCUUAAAGUUAUCAAAGACACACCACUGCAACUACCCGUCACUAAGGACAGUCAAUGGUGGGCACUUCUUAUGGGUAUGGAACAUGCAAGACUUCACCUCGAGACGUCCUCUGUCCUCAUUCGACAGCUGCCAGUAACCAUGGUAACCAAGCCAAAUGAAUGGAUUUACGGUCCUCUAAAGCAAGGAGAAAACGUGUCGUCCAAUCCUCUCAUCACCGUACAUAGGGACGAAGUGACAUUUGGAAAACCGGAUAGCUUUCCCUCUUUUGGCUGGGAUAACGAGUACGGUGAAAUGACUGACAGCGUACCUACGUUUGAGGCAAGCAAGUUCCCUGUGACUAAUGGUCAGUUUAUGAAGUUUGUUGAAGAUGGAGGCUACACUAAUAGGACCUUCUGGACCUGUGAAGGUUGGGAGUGGCGCUCAUUCCGCCAGGCACGACACCCUACAUUCUGGAUAUGCGAUAAAGGUUGUAAGUCUGGUUGUGGAUCAGCGCUGUCCUCGUACUCUCACUGCUCACAAAAUAACAACAAUAACUACGACGUUGUACCGUAUAGAUACCGCGCCAUGUUUGAUGAGAUAACCAUGCCGUUAGACUGGCCCGUUGAUGUGACCUACCACGAAGCGCAUGCGUACUGUGCCUGGAAGGGACCAGACUUUCGUCUACCCACGGAGGCCGAGUACAUCGCCAUGAGAGGCUCCGAGUUGCCGACAAAUUUUGGUGUCCAGAGUGACAUUAUAUUCCAGGAGAAUUCCGAUGCCAAUAUCAAUCUGUUGUACGGAUCAUCCACGCCAGUAAAUAUGAAUGCUGCAUCAGACCUUGGAUUUCACGAUCUGCACGGAAAUAUCUGGGAGUGGACAGACGACCAUUUUAACGGAUUUAAUGGGUUUGAGCCUCACUUCUUGUAUGAUGAUUUUUCCACGACAAGUUUUGACGGACGACACAACACCAUUCUUAAUGGAUCGUGGAUUUCUACUGGUAGUAGUGGCUCUAAAUUCACACGGAUAGGAUUCCGUCGCCAUUUCAUGCAGCAUUGUGGAUUUCGUGUGGCUCGAUCUUUACCUGACACUACAGAGAAGGUUGUUAUACCAGCAGUGAUCUUAGACACAGUGUUGUUCAUACCUGGGAUUGGAGACCAAGAAAUUCCUGAAACCAUUAACAUGUCGAAGUAUAUGGUGACCAGUAGACGCAGUUCCAAUUCUCAAUACGAUUUCGACAAGAAGGAAGCACUGGCUAUGACUUUGAAACACGAGUUUGGGGAUAGAGAAGCCCUGCCAUACGUGGUGGCAGACCUCUGUAGGAAAUACACACGUACUCUCAGGUGUGGCACUACGUCAGCGGCCUGGUUUGGGUCAGGCAGUGGCCGCGGACCCAUGCUACUCUCUAACACGUUCAACAAGUUUACAUGGAUCCCAAAUGAGAUUGGCAAGCACAACCUGGUUGUAAUGACGUUCCUUGAGCGCACUAUCACACCCAAAGCUUGGCUAGUAAGAAUGUGGGAGAUCAUUGAAGACAUAGGAAUAGUAGUCAUUGUUUCGGAGGAUACAACCUUUGGACAGGACGCUCUCGCACCUCAUCUUGGCAAUAGACUUAAGUGCGUCUAUAUCGAGGAAAUUCCAUAUGAGAAACAUGGAGGGAAAUGUGUUGCCAUGGUAACCGUGUGGUCAUUGAAGUGUUGAGACAGGACCUUAGUAGGGUAACAGAAUCUAUAACAGAUUAUAUAUGUGAUAUUACAGGGAGUUUGACAUUAUAGUGAAACUAAUUACCUAUUGUUUCAGGUGUACACUACCUCUACUAACAACCACGUUAUAUGUUCUUUAUUUUUUAGAAGUAUAU